AUGGAGAUAACGUCGGACGGGGAGGUGACAGAACACAGGCGCGAGCUCUGGAAGUUGCUGUCCAGCCUGAAGACCACAGUGGAGGGCCUACUGUCCACAAACAACCCUAAUGUUUGGUCCCGCUACGGUGGUCUGCAGCGCCUGCACAAAGACAUGAACAACAUUCUCAGUCACGGUCUGAAGAAUGAGCAGGUGUAUUACAAGCAGAGAGACUACUGGCCAUUUGUCUGGUGUGUUCGUCAUAUCAAACCCCACCUUGCCUCACAUGUUGAACAGUUCAGUCAAUUGGAACCCGUCCUAAGCAGCAGGAUGCAGAGUGCCGGUGAGAGUUACAAGGCUGAACGCUGGUUGCUUUACAGCUUGCAGGUUCACAUACUAUCCGCUCAGCUCAAACCUCUACUUAGGCAUCAAGGACAUACAAGAAAAUACUACAACGAAGAUGCCUUCUUGCUCAGUGAGCCACACGUCACUGCCAUGUUCCAGUGUCUUGAAGCCGUGGAGCAGAAUAACCCCAAACUUUUAGCUCAAAUAGACACCGUGGCGCUGUCCCCUCUCAAAAACCCGCCGUGCCUCGGCCUUUUGAAGAGCCAGAGCCUGUGCGUGCUUCCUGGGGCUGGCGGGCCUUGGAGAAGUGCUGACUUGGCAGCCCCAAGAGAAUCUUUAAACCGGAGGCUCACCACAUCCAACUGCUCCCUCAGAGAUGUGGCUGUCACGACCAACAAAGGCAACAUGAUAGGAGGCGACAACAGCGCAAGUGAGAGAAUAUUUGCAUAUUCCCAUGCUACCUCACAAGCUAGCACCUUUGGUCCUCCUUGGGUGUGUGUGACCAGCCCGCAAGAGAGCGGACAGGAUGUGACACCCCCUUCCGGUCCCUCCAGCUCAUUUUCAGAGUCACUCUCGCCCUCCUCCCUGCAGCCUGAUAGGGGAGAUUUAGUUGACAGUGAAUAUGAUGAUGGUCCAGAGUACCUUGCCAUUGGUAACCUUGGCCAACGCAGUCGACGAAGCACCCAAAGCUCCACGCACAGCAGCGAGCUCAGCGUGAGCCAGGACCAAUCCCUGCAGCCAAAAUCUUUGGCUCCACCACCACCCAGGCGCUCAUCUUUUUCAGAGGGUCAGAAAGAGCCAGGGCGUGGGUCUCGCGGACACACACGGUCAUUUUCCGAUACAGGGAUUAACCACAAACUCAGGAAAGGAGGGGCCCACCGGAAAAUCACCAUAAUAAUAGAGGAUCCGGUAGCAGAAACCUUGACCGAAGACUGCUGCAUUAAGGAGUACAACCCUUUUUCGCCUCAGCUCAGUGAUGCCAGCACGCCCACUUCCCUUUACAUGGAGUCUUAUGGGUCCCAGUACAACAGACCACAAGAUACAUUGUUUAGAAAGCCAUCAGAGGGUCAGAGUCUCAUCAGCUAUCUGUCAGAGCAGGACUUCGGCAGCUGUGCCGACCUUGAAAAGGAGAACGCUCACUUCAGCAUCUCUGAGUCGCUUAUUGCCGCCAUUGAGUUGAUGAAGUAUAAUCUGAGGCGUCAGCAGCAGGAAGAGGGAGAGGAGGAAGGAGACAGCGACUCUGAGAUACAGCAACUCAAGCAGAAGAUCCGCCUGCGAAGGCAGCAGAUCCGUCGCAACCGCCUGCCCCCCUCCACACCUUCACAACACUUGUUUCAUUCAACUGAUAGCAGCGGUUCAAGGAGGAGCUCCCAGGACUCUCAUGGCCUAUCCGAUUCAGACUCUGCUGACGAGGUGGAAGAGUGUGAAUUACAAGAUGGCUGUGAGGGCCAGUCCCUGCUGGCGGUGUCUCAGAACGGCCUGUCCUUGUCACUUGCCUCCCUCUUCUCAGAAGCAGACAUAAAACGCAGGGCAAGCUCCGGCAACAGGUCUUUUCUGAGCUCCGAGUCCAUUUCUCCAUCAUUCCUCCAGUCUAACUCUGCGGAGUCGGUCGCCAUGGGUUUGCUCAGACAGUUUGAGGGUAUGCAGCUUCCUGCCGCUUCUGAGCUUGACUGGCUGGUUCCAGAACAUGAUGCGCCACAGAAACUGCUGCCCAUCCCAGACUCUCUGCCCAUCUCCCCUGAUGAUGGAGAGCAUGCAGACAUCUACAAGCUAAGGAUUCGGGUACGAGGGAACCUGGAGUGGGCACCACCCCGGCCACAAAUUAUCUUCAACAUUCACCCUCCGCCCAAGAGGAAGACUAUUGUCGCAAAACAAAAUUACCGCUGCGCUGGCUGCGGGACUCGCAUCCACCCAGACUAUAUUAAGAGACUACGUUACUGCGAGUAUCUUGGUCGUUACUUCUGCCAAUGCUGCCAUGAGAAUACCCAAAUGGUGGUUCCCGGUCGAAUACUGAUGAAGUGGGACUUCAGCAAAUACUACGUAAGCAAUUUUGCCCGUGACUUGCUGUGCAAGAUUGCUGGAGAUCCACUCUUCAACACAAAUGACAUCAACAGCAGCCUCUACAAGAAAGUGAAAGCUUUGGAGUCUGUCAGGGUUUUAAGAAUGCAGCUGUUUCAUAUGAAAAACCUCUUCAAGACAUGUCGCUUUUCAAAAGAUGUUCUUGAGCAGUUUGACAUCCUUCCGGGUCACCUGACCGAGGACCUGCACCUUUUCUCCCUAAAUGACCUUUCAUCCGUACGCAAUGGAGAAUUGGCACCUCGAAUGAAGGAACUGCUUAAACUCGGGACUGUGCACGUAGCUGGCUGUGUGCUGUGCCAGGCAAAGGGCUUCGUAUGCGAGUUCUGCGGCAAUGACAAAGACAUCAUCUUCCCAUUUCAACUGAGCAAGUGCCAGCGCUGCGAAGAGUGUCAUGCAUGUUACCACCGUGGCUGCUUCAGGGGCAACAAGGACUGCCCCCGGUGUCUGAGGCUGGCCGAGCGCAGAGAGAGGAUGGCGCGCAGGAACAUGGAGCAGCAAGAGGACGAAGGUGGCGGAAGUUAG